CUAAACUCAUGAUGAAGAUGAAGACUUUUUAGGCUAUGCGUAGGAUGCGAGUUUCUCUCGUGUGCUCAGCACGCCCUGCAAGUCAAAGAUUCGUUACUAUAUAUCUCCAAAAGUCAGAGUGUAACAGGCUUGUACAACUCAGUGAAAUUAAAGCCAAGCAACACGCUGCUCUUUCUCCUACUGCAACCCCACAUCCAACCGCUUUUCUGAGGAUGGACUGCAUCAUUCCAUGUGUCGACUAUUGUGAGGCGCUGUUUCUUUUUUUUACACGGCUCCCGGAAUGUGAUGCAGGCCCGGCAAGCGCCUCUGGAAAAGCUUUGAUUACGCGCUAAACACUACCCCUCUCGUGAGCUGCUACUUGAGCUCAACUGCGCCGUUCGACUUUUUCACGCUCUGCGAUGCAUCACUGGAUUAUAUACAACGCUGAACUGGGGAAGGCUGCUGCAUCUGAUCGUCAAUGCCCAGACACACUGCGCUACUGAGGUGGAAGGUCGUCUAGAGGAUACGAUUCCAAGUUUAUUGGAAAAACAACGCCUUCCCACAGAGAAGGAAUCCCUUGGAUUACCUCACGUUGAUGUGGAUUGGUAUCAUCCGACUCAUUUUUCCUUAGAGACUCUUUUGCCUGCGUUGCAAAACAGUAAGCCAAGACUGCAUGCGAAAGGAUUUUCCAAGACGAUGACUACCACUACUGGAAGAGUGUGAAGAAGGCCGCACAUCUAUCGACUGCCUGCAGCUUCCAUAGAGAUACAUCUAAAAAAAGGAAAAAAGAAUUAUCAAAGGCAAAUACGCAGGGCGUCACACUUUUUUGGAAAUACUACUCAAUCGGUUGCGUUCGCGAUUUUCAAGUGAUUUAUUUUUUUUUACUUCAUUGCAUGCGUUUUAUCACCCUU